CAUUCUCUUGUCUACUCUGUUUUCUCUUUUUUGGCAUGUCUCUUGUCUUCUCGUCUCUCUUCUCCUCAGUUCUGUUCUUCCCUCGUUUGUUCACUUUUAUUGUUAUUCCUUCUUUUCUUAUCUUAUCUCAUCUCACCUCACUUUCUUCUCAUCUCAUCCCGUCUCUCCACUUCUUGUCUCACAUCUGGUCUCCUCUGUUUUUUUUUUGUUCUUUUCUCUUCUCUGUUCUUUGCUGUCCUUUUUACUUUUGUUCUUGUUUCUCAUGUUCUUGUCUUGCCUCCUCUCUUUUUCUCUUUCUUAGUCUCUUAUAGCAUCUUCUCUUCUCGUCUAAUUUCAUUCUUGUCUGUUGUGUUCUCGUCUCAUCUUUUCUUGUCAAUUACAAUCCCUCACCUUGUCUCCUCGCAUCUGUGUUUGUGUUCAUAUACACCCUUUUCCCUCCAACCCACACAAACAACAUCCUGUUGCAUGUUUUCUGUCUCCUGUCGCUCACCCCUCUCUCUCUCUCUCUCUCUCUCUGUAUGUUUGUGUGGGUGUGCACUGCUGGGCUGAGAAACAGAGUCCGUCUCUGAUUGGCUGGCUGGGUUCUGAAGGGGCCGUCUCUCGGUCUGUGUACAGAGAAGGAGCGAGAGCGCGGGGAGGGAGGGAGAGAGAGCACGAGAGAGCGCACUGGGGUCAGAGCAGAGAAAGAGAAGCGUGGGCGUUUUGUUUUGCGAUGGCAGGGCUGGAAAGAGAGGAGAGCAAGCGCUCCUCUGUUUGAGGCACACUCCUUCAUCCAUCUCUCCUUUUCUCCUCCCUUCGCACGCGUGCAGCCCACUCCCUCGAGCCUGGACUUCAGCUCGCCUUCUCUCGCUGGACCGUAAAAAAAAAAAAAAAAUCAAAACAUCCCAUUUACUCACACACUUCAUACAGGCAGAGCGUGGGGUAGCUCUCCUCGGUGAUGGGCAUCUGGCGUAUUCCAGUAGAUGAGAUCGAUCGUCCUGGUAGUUUUGCAUCUCAUAUGAACAGAUCCGUCGUGCUCUUACUGGAUGCUCUGUCUCAACUGAAAGAUCACCACGCUUUACUUAAAAUCUCCCUGAUGCUUCAGAGAACCCCUGAUCAGGGAAAGAAGUACUUUCGAGAUGUGGACCGACAAGUAUUGGCCAAGCGAGCAUUUUUCUUCACUGUAAAAGUGCUGGAAGACAAUCUGGAUAAACUCACGGGGGUAAGUGAUCCCCCUAAACCGUCUACUACCUCAAUGGGUGAAAUGACCACUGCGGAUGUGUCCAACCGGCCCCCUGCUGUGGAGGACCACAGAUGCUCCCACACCACCCAGCCUAAAGCAGGACUCCCCAACACCCAUAAGUUUACAGGAAGUGAGACCGGACCUCCCAGGAUGCCUCAGCAGUGUUCAGCCACUCUUCAGCUCUCCCUGGAGCCUUUAAAUGAGGCGGCAGAGGCCGGGGUUCACCCCAGAAAAGGUACUUCAGCACUUGUAGAGCCUAUGGAGCUUGGCCCUGGAUCAUGGCCGGGUGCCUCAAAAUUCAGAGACCCUCAAACGCCUGUUGAAACUGGACCACAGGAGCAGGGGGUGGUUAAAUCGGCAACAGAGGAGGCCGGUAAGGUCCCAGAGAGCAGUCGGGCGUCUGAGCUCUCGCUGGAGGAUUUGAGCAUUAGCUCAAAACAGCAGCAGCUACAGAAUCAGAUGAACGCAGAUAAAGGAGCACUUAGUAUGGUCCCAACACCAACAUCCAGCAUCCCCACACCUCUCGCCAGCACUCCUGAGCUGGGACUACAGCAGAGGCCCAGCAGGAAGAGGAAGCUGCUGGAUGAUGAAGAGUCGGGCAAGACGCUGCUUUUGGAUGCGUACAGGGUGUGGCAGCAAGGUCAGAAGGGCAUGACCUACGACCUGCAGCGCAUCGAGAAGAUCAUGUCCGAGACCUACAUGCUGAUUAAACAGGUGGAUGAGGAUGUAGCGUUGGAUCAAGCUGUUAAGUUCUGCCAGAUUCAGAUGGCAACGUCGGCACAAAGACAGAGCUCCAGUGAUGCACCCAGCACUCCCAAGCUUAGUAAAGACCAGCGAGACCUCUUCUUCCCAGCAUCGUUCUCCACGCCGUGCCUCCACACUCACACGCAUCCAGCACCAGCGCAGGACCUGAACAAGAGCUCUCGACCGCUCCUCAUACAGCCGCAGACACACAGCACUGCAACACAGCUCCACUGCACGCCCUCCAGCCAACCCGACCAAUCACAACAGAGAAAGACGCCCUGCCAGCCAAUAGCAAGCAUGGCCUUCUUGCGUCACACAGAGGACAGAGAGGAGCCGGUUACUGAGGGUCUGCUGUACCGCCAGCAGGAGUCCCAUCUGUGCCAGCAGAUGAAGAUGGCCACCGUCUCUCAGAUUCCCAGCACACACGAGCCCCCGUCCUGCUCAACACACACCAGCACAGAAAGUGACGAGUCAAAGCAGGCAGAUGCGAGUCGCAUCCGGGCCAGAAUUCCUCCCAACAUGCCCAAACUGGUGAUCCCCUCCACUGUCACUAAAUUCCCCCCAGAGAUAACAGUCACGCCCCCCACGCCCACCCUGCUCUCCCCGAAGGGUAGCAUCUCUGAGGAGACCAAGCAAAAACUCAAGAAUGUGAUCCUGUCCUCUCAGUCGGCAGCUAACGUGAAGAAAGACACUCUCGCUCAGCCUGCUUUAGAGGUGCAGGAGACGUCGAGUCAGGAAUCCUCUCUGGAAAGCGAGUCGGAUGAGGAAGAUGACUACAUGGACAUCUGAACGGUCAAGCUGAGCUCUGAAGCGAAAUCUCCUUGUUUAAUUGUGUAGCUGUAGCUAAUCAAUGACGUUUUUUCUUUAGCAUAUUUUUUCUCUGCCGAAUGCACGUUUUUCAUGGAAAGGGCUUUUUCCCACCCUGGCACUUGUGACCCGUUGGUUUGCUCCUCUGCUGCUACGUUUUUUUGUUGUUGUGCACGAUCCUGCAAAGUGCCAUUUGUACUGAAAACGACGCUCACACAGUGGAAUCAUGUACAAAUGUCAGUACAAAAUCCUUUCCUAAAGGAUGGAUUAUGUAAUAUUGACAGUUUGUGUAAUGCAAUUUACUCCCUCAGAGUUUCCUGGGCAUUAAAUCCAUCACAGUGUUGUUUACAGAUUUUAGAGGAAGUAAACUGUGCUUGACGUUUGGUAAAAAAAAAAAAAACAUGAUUCAUAUCACUACCAAGUUUUAAUGGCAUUGUAACCAAAUGUGGAGAUAUCAGCAUGCAAAGGUUGUUUCUUUUUUUUUUUUUAACAGCCGUGUGUACAGGACAUGUAUCUCUGUUUUCCUGCUUAUGUGUUUGUGCACGGAGCAUCAAGUUUGAUCGGUUGUCCAUGCUUUAGCUACGUGCUUUUAAAGAUUCUUCACAGCAUCACAAGAUUUCAAUGAUUGAUUACUGUGUUGGUGAUCAUAUAUAUAUAUUGGGAGUUUUUAAGCCCCCACAAGUUCCAUUUGAGUUGUGUUACCGUUUCUGUCACACCUUUUUUUUUCCUGAUUUCAUGUUUUCAUUUGUAGUUUUAUUAUAUUUCCUAUUGAGGAUCAUAAACUGAAAGGGUAAACAUGUCAGUUUUAUCACCAGCACUGAGAAGAUGUGACUAUUAUUCGUAUCACAAUUGAAGGAAGAAUGUGAUUGAACUAGCUACCGAAGAAUUUACUUAAUGUUUCAUUUUUCUUUUCUUUUCAAGAUUAUGCCAAGAUGUAUAAAUUACAAAUUUUGGAAAUAAGUGUUUAGAAAUGGUGCUGAUCCCUUAUUUUUGGCUUUUUAAAACAAUCUUUAAAUAAUUUCACCCAAAAAUGGCAUUUUGUUUAUCAUUUACUAUACUCGUAUUGUUUUUGUGUGGAACACAGAAAGAGAAAGUUAAUGGAAUGUUCACGCUGCUCUUUUCCAUACAAUGAAAGUGGAUGGAGACCAGAGGGUGUCAGGGUCCAAAAAUGACUAAAAGCACUAAAAAAUGCUUAUAACUUGUGCAUGAUAUUCCAAGGCAUUUGAUACUUUUGCAUGAGAUACAGACUGAAAUGUAAGCAAUUUAAUAUCUCCUCUGCUGCCGCUCUGAGAUCUCAUUGACAUUUGUGUAUAUUCCGGUAUGGUACAUCAAACUGAUUUUCAGUGAAUAAUGAAUUACAUUUUGGACUGUUCUUCAAAAAAGACUAUCAAAUGCCUUUGAAAUCUUGAAAUAUUUUACAUAAGACAUAUGAACUGCAGUGUUUGCAGUGUGAGUCUUUGUUCACCAUUCACUUUUAUUUUAUGGAAAAGAGUAGCAUGAAAAUCCUGCCAAACAUCUCCAUUUAGAGUUUAUAUUGACAAGCUAGUAAGGAAAUGAAGAAUGAAACUUACUUUUGGGGUAAAUUUUUCCUUUUACCAAAGAGAAAUGCCCAAACGUUAGUUGUAUUGAGAUUAUGUUCUUGACGUGUGGGAUUUUGUUUCAAUUUGGAGGAGCACUGCUUUCUCCUGGAGCAUUACAUUGGUGAUUUUCUUUUCAAGUCGAUGAUUUUGUCGUGACGUGUCUGUAUGUGGACGUCGCUCGUGGUGGUGCUGGUCGUGUUUCCCCACCAGAUCAUUUCCAGUUCUGUUCUACGGAAAAAUUUAGACGGAGGAAUGUUUUUUACAGAACGUUUUCUACUUGUAGACAGAUAAAUAGCUACCAGUAUUUUUUUGAGUGCAGAAUUUUUCAAUACAAGAAGAAAAGACUUUGACGGGAUGAAAUGUUUCGAUGCACUGGGCAUGUGUGACCAAACUACCUGUAAACAGAUAAAGAGAUGUUUCUAUUUUUUCCUCUUUGUAAAAUAAUAUUUUGUUUGUUGUUGUCUUUUGUAUGCUGUUUCUUUGCUGGUGUUAUGAAUGUAAGUGGAUAUAUGCUCUGGUCUCUAGGGACGGAGGUUUAUGGGGUAUUGCUGUCCUCAGGCUUAUUUUUCUGAGAAGGUUGAUAUUUCUGACUUGCUGCAUCACAAAACCAAAAAUACACUUACAACAUUUUUACCUGA